GAUCCAGGAAGUACACUAUUACAUAAAAGUUCUCUGAGGAACAACUGCCACACUGACAAAAAGGCAGUUACUGGGCUCUGAGGAGCAACAGCCACAACUGACUUGUGGUGAGCAGCAGGUUGAAAGAACACCACUGCUUCUUCAGGCUCCCACCAAUGAGGCAGCUGGGUUACGGGAACAAAAACACCUUACAUUCUGCUUAGUAUCUAUCUAAAAAAUAUUGCAGCAUCAUAGUUACUUACUGUGUAGCCUCCUUUGAGCAUAGCAUCACUUUGAUUAGAAUAUCUGCUUAGAGUGGGGAUCUUACACCAUGAGGAUGUAAGUCCUCAGUAGAUGUUUCAUUUAAGGAAAGUAUUUUACCUCUUCAUUAUGAUCCCAUGUGGAAAAGGAAGGAAAGUGCUAUUGUUAAGACUUCCUCUAAGCUAAUAUGGAUUCCCUGCAUCAGUGCUUCUCAAGGUGUGGUACCUGGAGUAGCAACUUAUGAAUCUGUCUCCUGGCAGCUCAGGCCUCCUGACUCAGAACCUGCAUGUUAUCAACUUACCCACACUAGCAUGUGCUAGUUACAAUUUGAUAAGGUUGUUCCAGAGAAUACAUGGACACGAGCCCAAUCACUGAAUUAAUGAGAUAGCAACACAUAGAAACAGCUGCCUUCUCUUCACGACUUCUCUGCCUUCUUAUUAAGUAUCAGCAGAGCUAUCUGAUUUCAUAAACACCAUACCUGACAACCUGCAUGCUAUUUUACUAUGACAUCACUUCCAGUCAUUGUGCUGAGGAAACAUCCCAGUUAUCUGGACUCCCUGAGUAUGUUAAAAUAGUAGAAGUUGGACCUAGAGAUGGAUUGCAGAAUGAAAAGAUUAUAGUUCCUACAGAUAUAAAAAUUGAAUUUAUCAAUAAACUUUCCCAAACUGGACUGUCUGCAAUAGAAGUGACCAGCUUUGUGUCCUCCAGAUGGGUGCCACAGAUGGCUGAUCACACUGAAGUGAUGAAAGGCAUUCAUCAAUACCCAGGUGUUCGAUAUCCCGUCCUUACUCCUAAUCUUCAAGGUUUUCAUCGUGCUGUUGCUGCCGGAGCCACUGAAAUAUCAGUUUUUGGCGCUGCAUCUGAAUCCUUUAGCAAGAAGAAUAUCAACUGUUCUAUUGAAGAAAGUAUGGAGAAGUUUGAGGAAGUCAUUAAGUCUGCAAGGAACAUGAAUAUUCCAACACGAGGGUAUGUGUCUUGUGCCCUGGGCUGUCCAUAUGAAGGAAGCAUCACACCACAAAAAGUGACAGAAGUGUCUAAGAGAUUGUAUGGCAUGGGCUGUUAUGAGAUUUCCCUGGGAGACACAAUUGGAGUGGGGACUCCAGGAAGCAUGAAGAAAAUGUUGGAAAGUGUCAUGAAAGAAAUCCCACCAAGUGCCCUUGCUGUUCACUGUCAUGACACAUAUGGACAAGCCUUAGCAAAUAUCCUAACGGCCCUUCAGAUGGGGAUUAACGUGGUGGACUCCGCAGUAUCUGGAUUAGGUGGUUGCCCUUAUGCAAAAGGUGCUUCUGGGAAUGUAGCCACUGAGGAUUUGAUAUAUAUGCUUAAUGGCCUGGGGCUCAAAACAGGUGUGAAUCUUUACAAAGUGAUGGAUGCCGGUGACUUUAUUUGCAAAGCUGUGAACAAAACCACAAACUCUAAAGUAGCUCAAGCCUCCUUCAGUGCUUGAUGUGAAUGAAUUUGUGACUCAAGGCAGAGAAGAUCCAUUUUGGCUACAAAUAUUCAUCUGAAAAUCAUUACUGUCAACUUGUUCUGAAAUGUUAAGUAGCAUAGAAGAGUAGAAAAAAUACUUUUAAAAAGAAUAUAACUGGGUGGAUUAUGAAGUCAGUGGAAAGCAAUGCCAGUCGUCAGGUAAACAGCAAGUUGAGGCUAAAUAAUAGAACUUUAGACGUACUUU